AUGGCAUUGAGCUUUGAGCUCAAAAUGUGGAAUGUGUUAUUGCUGCCACUGCUGCUGGCAUGUUCUUUGAUUGGUUAUUCCACAGCCUCUGUGUCCUAUGACUCCAAGGCUAUCACCAUUAAUGGCCAAAGAAGGAUCCUCAUUUCUGGAUCCAUUCAUUACCCAAGAAGCACCCCUGAGAUGUGGCCAGAUCUUAUUCAGAAGGCCAAGGAAGGAGGUUUGGAUGUGAUUCAAACUUAUGUUUUCUGGAAUGGUCAUGAACCUUCACCUGGCCAAUAUUAUUUUGAGGGGAACUAUGAUUUGGUGAAGUUCAUAAAGUUGGUGCAGCAAGCAGGCCUUUAUGUUCAUCUGAGGAUUGGUCCUUAUGUCUGUGCUGAGUGGAACUUCGGGGGUUUCCCAGUUUGGCUGAAGUACAUUCCAGGUAUCAGCUUCAGAACAGAAAACGAACCAUUUAAAUUUCAAAUGCAAAAAUUUACCAAGAAGAUUGUGGACAUGAUGCAAGCAGAAAGGUUAUAUGAGUCUCAGGGUGGUCCAAUAAUUCUAUCCCAGAUUGAAAAUGAAUAUGGACCUAUGGAGUAUGAAAUUGGUGCUCUUGGUAAAACCUACACUGAGUGGGCAGCAGAUAUGGCUGUAGGACUUGGUACUGGAGUUCCAUGGAUAAUGUGCAAGCAAGAUGAUGCUCCUGAUCCUAUUAUUAACACGUGCAAUGGCUUCUAUUGUGAUUAUUUCUCUCCAAAUAAGGCUUACAAACCAAAGAUGUGGACAGAAGCUUGGACUGGCUGGUUUACUGAGUUUGGAGGUCCAGUUCCUCAUCGACCUGCUGAAGACUUGGCAUUCUCAGUUGCAAGGUUUAUACAGACAGGGGGAUCAUUUGUCAAUUAUUACAUGUUUCAUGGGGGGACAAAUUUUGGUCGAACUGCCGGUGGUCCUUUUAUUGCUACAAGCUAUGAUUAUGAUGCACCUAUUGAUGAAUAUGGAUUGCUCAGGCUACCGAAGUGGGGUCAUCUGAAGGAUUUACACAGAGCAAUAAAACUCUCUGAACCUGCUUUAGUAUCUGGAGAUCCCACCGUAACACGGAUUGGAAACUAUCAAGAGGCUCAUGUCUUUAAAUCAAAGUCGGGAGCUUGUGCUGCAUUCCUUUCAAACUAUAACCCUAAAUCUUAUGCAACAGUGGCAUUUGGAAAUAUGCAUUACAACUUGCCUCCUUGGUCUAUAAGCAUUCUUCCUGACUGCAAGAACACCGUUUAUAACACUGCAAGGGUUGGUUCCCAGCGUGCCCAGAUGAAGAUGACUCCUGUUCCUGUUCAUGGUGGACUCUCUUGGCAAUCAUUCAAUGAAGAAACAGCCUCUACUGAUGAUAGUUCCUUCACCAUGACUGGCCUGUUGGAGCAGUUAAAUACCACAAGAGAUUUAUCUGACUACUUGUGGUACUCCACGGAUGUCAUGAUUGAUCCCAACGAAGGAUUUUUGUGGAACAGAAAGGAUCCUGUUCUCACAGUGUUAUCUGCUGGCCAUGCUUUGCAUGUUUUCAUCAAUGGUCAGCUAUCAGGAACUAUAUAUGGAAGCUUAGAAUUCCCCAAACUAACAUUUAGCAAGAGUGUGAAGCUCAGAGCUGGUGUUAACAAAAUCUCUCUUCUAAGUGUUGCAGUUGGACUCCCGAAUGUUGGUCCUCAUUUUGAAACGUGGAAUGCCGGUGUUCUUGGCCCAAUUACAUUAAAUGGUCUAAAUGAGGGGAGAAGGGACUUGUCUUGGCAGAAAUGGUCUUACAAGGUUGGUCUUAAUGGCGAAGCCUUGAGUCUUCAUUCUCUCAGUGGAAGUUCCUCAGUGGAGUGGAUUCAGGGGAAUUUAAUUCCUCAAAUGCAGCCAUUGACUUGGUACAAAACUACGUUUGACGCCCCAGCUGGAAUUGCACCAUUGGCUCUUGAUAUGGUUAGCAUGGGUAAAGGUCAAGUGUGGUUAAAUGGACAGAGUCUUGGCCGCUACUGGCCUGCUUAUAAUGCAUCUGGUACCUGUGAUUACUGUGACUACGCGGGAACUUAUAAUGAGAAUAAAUGCAGAAGUAACUGCGGCGAGGCUUCUCAAAGAUGGUAUCAUGUUCCUCAUUCCUGGCUGAAGCCAAGUGGAAAUUUAUUGGUUGUGUUUGAAGAAUUGGGUGGAGACCCCAAUGGAAUAUUUUUGGUUAGACGAGAUAUAGAUAGUGUAUGUGCUGAUAUUUAUGAGUGGCAACCAAAUCUUAUAAGUUAUCAGAUGCAAGCUUCUGGCAAAGUUAGCAAACCUGUGAGACCAAAAGCACAUUUAUCAUGUGGCCCUGGACAGAAAAUCUCAUCAAUCAAAUUUGCUAGCUUUGGUACUCCAGUAGGGUCUUGUGGAAACUACCAUGAAGGAAGCUGUCAUGCUCACAAGUCUUACGAUGCCUUUGAAAGGUUGGUUCAUUAUUCAAUAAUGAAUUUGUUGUUGCAGAAUUGUGUUGGACAGAACUGGUGCACAGUAACAGUGUCGCCUGAAAAUUUUGGAGGAGAUCCAUGUCCAAAUGUCAUGAAGAAACUCUCAGUGGAAGCCAUUUGUACCUGA